AUGAAGUACUUGCAGUUGGCAUCUGUCUCAACUCCGGCUGCAGUCUCGACGUGGUUCCAGGACGAGCUGGUCAACCGGGGAGUAGACGCCGCUUACACUUUUUACGUACUGUCGCUUCUGAGGGAACCUCAAGAUCCUGAAGACGAAGUCAACAACCGCAGCCCAGGGAGCGCCCAUCGAUAUCCUGCGCAAGCCAACGGGAAACCCGAGCUCCAGCGGCUCCGGGCGAAACGUUGUGCGGUCGAGUGUCUAAAAAGCGCUGCACUUGAGGAGGAUACGACGUUCGAGAAUUUCGACGCUUUGGUAGAGGAACUGCUCGUUCGCCUCGAGCCACCUCACGGCUCUGCGGAGAUCGCGGAUCUGACUUUGGACAACGGAAGGAAUUCGUCGGCUUUACAAACUCACUCAGCAUUGACGUCGCCUGCGAGCAGGGCGACGAUUAAAAAGGAUCAGACCAAUCAUCAACAGAAAGAGGAGAAGACUUUGGCUGAGCGAGCGAAGAAGUACUUCGAGGCAUUUCCCGCUCUUCAGGUCCAAGAUUCCGACACGAAACUCAAUUCCGCCGAUUCUCACGGAAAUAAUUCGAACGAGAGAAAUUUGCGAAGUGUCUCCGCUAAAAUCAAGAAGGAUAAGAAACCCCGCAAGAGGGACCUCAGAGAAAUUCUAUCGCCCGUCGCUUCCGAGGAGCUCAGUCAAGGAAACGGACUUACGCAGAACACGAUUUUGAAAAAAACUACGGAUAGAGAAAACGAGGACGCUCGCAUCCCGCUGGCUUCCUUCGCGAAGCUCAGCGUUCGUCAGCAUCUGGAAGCCGAGUCGGAGCCGGCGCUCGAGCCUGUUGCUUAUCGAUCGGUAUCGACGAACAGCGUCAUCGCUGCACACACUGCUUUAGGCCCCGCGGCGACGACGACGACGACGACGAAAACGACCAUCGCGAGUGCUUCUUCUUCCGCGUCUCCAUCCGAUAGAACUUCGACGGUUGAAACUCCAACCACUUUUGGAAACUUAACCGCUAGCGCUUCUACAGCCGGUGAUUCGACCGUAGGUUCUUCUUUCGACGAUAUUUCCGUCGCCGGAAUUCCCGCCGCAGGGAUGAUGAGCUCGCUAGUUCACGAGGAGUCCCUCGUUUCGAGUCUGACCAAGAAAUUCGACUCGCGGCUCGCAGCGAUCUGGGCUGACGCUACGCCUGUGGCUGAAGAGCAACCCUCUGUUUGGCGAAUCUCUCUCGACCUGAAAACCUCCAGGGAAGGAUGUGUCGCCGAGCACGAUGAGGUCAUCUUCUCGAUUCCUCAGAUGUCCCACUUCUCUACAAUUCUAGACGAAGAGGAUGAUGCCCAGACCGGGUCGUGUCCACCCCUGCGGACCGCUUUCGUCGACGAACACGAAUACGCCGAGGAACCAUGCGGAGAGCGCUUCGAAGCUCCUCCAAACGAGAUUUUCAACCAGUUGGAAACAUUCGAAGACCAUAAAGAAUUGCAGUCGUCUGAAGUUGUUGCUCAAAAUUUUGUGCUCAAUCCUGCUGAAAAUGAGGCGACGGGCUUCAGGGAAGCCGGGGUACUCUCUUCAUCGCCCACUCUGUGCCUCAAGAACUCCACACUCAACUACGACAAAGAAAAAACGGCGUUCACCGAGUUCGCUCGAGACUUUGGCAGAAAAAACAGACAGCAGGUCGAAGACUUCCAUGCUCCCGAUGAGGAUCAAGGCGAAGAUCUUCUCUAUUCGCUACGGACGCAUUUCACUCCGAUCAGAGCCGACUUGGAGGAUAUGGAAGAUGCAGAUGCUGACGGGAGCAAGGAAAGACCUCUGUCUUCUUCCCUCGACGAACUCUCUUCGUAUCAUCUUCCGCCGGAACCGCCGAAGAGACUCGUCCACAAAACCAAGCAGCGUGUCGUCCAGGAAAUUGCGCUUCCCAAGCCUCCUGUGGAAGUUGCGGCGCCGGACAACGAAGUACCCAGUGAGAAAAAACCGUACGACGUGCGGUCACUGUGGAAAAUAUUCGAGUUCGAAGUCCCUCCGCCCGCUGUUGAUGCAGACCUGUUGGGUGUCUCCCAAUACUGGCAAGGCAUGGCCGUCAACUCCGGAGUAUCGAGGGAAUUGCGUCAAGAAAUUCUCGCAGAGGAAGAAGAGCUUUUCAAGGACAUUUACGAGGAGGCGAGGCGAGCUGCGAGCCAGACCAGCAGCUUGACUGAGGACGCCAACACGACAAGCACCGGCUACGACUCCUACCAAGACACGUCUCUGGAGUACGGCGCCGUGGGGGGAAGUGUCGACAGCAAUCCGGUCGGUGCAGAGCCCUGUAACAUUGAGUACCUCAGUCACUUUUCGAGCGGGUCUCAACUCUCCUCGGUGUUCGACACGCCGGAGAUGUACGACUCAGCCAUCGUGACGAGCGUGCGCUCCAUACAGGACUUGCAACGUCAACGCAAACGCCAGCAGAAGAAACCGUGUACUUUUUACAUGGAGGGCAACUGCCGACGGACCGACUGUAAGUUCUCGCAUGACCUCUCGAAUAUCACGUGCCGCUUCUGGGAAGACAACAGCUGCUUCAAGGGGUCGGCGUGUCCGUUUCUUCACGGAUAUGCGGCUCCGGUUGGAGACGACGUCUCGGUGACCGGAUCUCAAAGCAGUUCUGGAGGGAAUAAGAAGGAAACAAAACGCGGCAGCAAGUUCACAAUCGGCGGGGGUUUUGGGACAGGAAACUGUAGUCAGUCUGUCGCUAGUCGGGCGACCGUUAGGGGGGUCCUUGCGUCCAGACGCCUCCCCGUAUUCAAGCGUCUCUGGUCGUCCGGUCACAAAGAUUCGGAACAGGACUUUCCUUCGCUGUGUUCCAAUUCUAAAAGCAGCAAUCAUUUGAAGAUCACCAAGAAGAUCUAUAAGAAACCUGGAAUUCUUGCGCCCAAGAAAAACCCUGCCGGCAGGAAGAAGAAGAAGAAAACUUCAGCAUCAGACGCGACGAAAACAAUUCCUCCAGAAUCUGGCCACUCAUCGUCGGAAGCAAAAACCAGCAAGAAAGAUCAGGGCAGUAACGCCACGAAAAAGUAGUUUGAGUUGAGUGUUGCGAGCUGUUGUGAGGCCGAGGUGUCUGCUAUUCUGUCGUCCUGCCCUACGACGCUUGUGGUAAGGACGACAGGGCAAGGGGAUAAGCUAACGGAUUGUACAGAUAUCUCUAGCCAUAACCGAAACAUGAAACGAAAAAUGAAACAGCAAAAAAAGCUUCAACAAUACCACGAUACUACAAAAGUUUAUAUGUUCUUCUACAACAUAUAGCCGCUUUUGCCCAAUCCAACACAUACACAAUCACCGCCCGACAGUAGCUUCCCGGGAGCGGGAUCUUCUCCUUGACCCGAGACAAACGAAUCAUGAUGAGUUGAGCCCUCAAGAUAUCAAAGUCGAUGAGCGCGGCUCGUUCGGGACGCUCUCCAUCAAUCAGAAAACAUCGGCGAGAAA